AUGAUCAUUUGGGAUUGUGGGGCCGAAAAGUCUCCCCAGAGAAGAAUCGCCCAAUGUGACGAAGGAGUGCCCAAGUGCACGCUGUGCACUAAGCGCAGGCUAGACUGUCUUUAUCCACCUGAUCCUGACAGCCCAGGUUCUUCCGGGGCGAGGGAUGGCUCAGACAGUGGAAUACGCACCCCAGGGGCUUCCCUCCCAACACGUAUGCUAGAAAUGCGGCUGUGGCACCAAUAUUUGACUUCUACAUAUCUCACGCUAUCCCAAGAUGGGCUAUCGAUCCAUCAUCUCUCUAUCACUAUCCCACAAAUGGCCACUUCUCACCCAUUUUUAUUGGACAGCAUAUUGGCGUUGACUGCACUUCAUCUGGCCUCAAUUGAAGAUGACAAUCGUCAAACUUGGAUAGAAGCUGCGACGCGAUAUCAAUCCCAAACAUGUGCUGAAUUCGGAAAAGUGAUCGCAGAAAUUACCUACGACCAGUAUGAGCCGGCCUUUGUGGCAUCUGUGUUCAUCAUGCUAUACGCCCAAGGCUUUCCCGUGAUAUCUCGCGAAACUCAUUCUGAUGCCCUUUCUCAAGUGCUCGCCGUUCGCACGUUAAUUUCAGGAUGUGCGACGAUUUUUACAAAACUCAAUGACAUGGGAAUAGAGGGCGAGUUAGGAGGUUGGCUCUCUACUCCUGACACGGAGGAGAACCUAGACUCAAAAUUACAGAAUAAAGGCCAUAUACCAAUCGAAGACACAGAAAAAUUAUUCGAUUUACACAAAAAAAUUAUACAGUCUCUCAACGAGCUGGGAAGUACCAUCGAGACCAACACAUCUCCAAAUAGAACAUUAUUUAAAGCCACAUGGCAAUUCUUGCACCAGGCUAUUGAGCCCUGGCCCAAGAUCGGGGCCCAUGGCGGUGUCAUGGCAUGGCCUCUUUUCAUCGCCGAGGCUUUUAUAACAUUGGUGCGAGAAGGCGACUGGCUAGCUCGUAUUCUCUUCUUGCAUUACGCCAGUGCAAUGCGUCUCAUGUCUAAUCGGUGGUAUGUUCGAGACUGGGGACGACGACUUCUUCAUGCAACUGUACAACCACUUGAGGAAAUUCCCCCAAUAUGGCGAGAUACCAUAUCUUGGAUGAAAGAAGGAAUUGAACCAGAUCAAACGAUAUUGGCCUAUAGAAGUGCAGAUACGGAUUAA